AUGCCGAAGCCCCUCGGUAAAGCCCCCAGCUUCAUCGUGCGCAAGCGCAAACGGGAGGACGACCCACUCGAUGCCCUUGUGCUUGAGAGUGGCACGCAGGAGAAGAAGACGCGCGACAACAAGGGAGGCGUUUACAAGCGCGCCGGCAGCUUGAAGGGCCAGCUGACCGAGGCCGAGUUGAAGGAGAGGCUUAGCCUUGCCUCAAUCAACAAGGACACGUUUGGUGGUGUUCAGGAUGUCGACAUGGCGGACGGCGACCUGCUGAAGGCCUUGACGGUUGCUCCUCUGUCACCCGAGGAGCAUUCCGCCAACGAGGCGGGUAAGCAGGGCGAGGACCCCCUAUACCAGUAUCUGACCAUGACCGACGAGUACAUCAAGUCGCUGGAUAAGUCCGAUGACAUGGACUGCAAGGACGGCGAUCAUUGGGACUACUUCGUCCCCCACAUCGCGGAGGCUGGCCAGGAGAACUUCCUCGAUGGCAAGUCCUGGGCGACCGUUGUCGGCGAGGUGGACACCGACGAGUUUGACUUCGCCAUCCCCGAAGGCUACGGUCAUGGAGAGGCCAACGAAUUCCUCGGCCAGGAAGACAACAUGGACGAGGACAAUGAGGACGAUAUCGACUACCCCGACGAGGAGGACAACGAUCUGUAUGAGACCCAGGUUUCUGCGCGCGCGCCGAAGAAGCUUCAGCGUGAUUUCUCGACCGCGUCUGUGUUCAGCGUCGCGGAGGAAGAUCCGGAAGCAGCCGAACUUGCUGACCUUAUCAAGGAUUACAGCAAGCCUGGUGGCAGCGACAUGCACAGACCUCCAGCGUUCGCUUGCCUGUACACAAAGCCCUACGCGGGCCGUUCGAUCCACGUCAUGAUCACAAACGCGAAGCGCCGCGAUAUAAAAGCAGCAGCACUGUUCUUCAAUCGCCACCAACCCUCGUCUCCUUUUCUUGCAGACCCCUCCAAGACCUUAUUGACGAUGCCGAUUCUCUAUCCUCCUAGUCUAAUUGCUUGCAAGCGCAGGCUGAAAGACGGGCCCCUCGACGCUCUCCUGCUCAACAGUGGCGAGCCCGGGAAAGAAUCGCGAGAGCCGAAGGUCGUUUACAAGCUCUCGGCCAGCGUUGGCAACGGCGUAACGUUAAAGGAUCUGAAAGGCCAACUCCGACUUUUUCUUCUUGACUUGGAAUUCUUUGGUGGCGGAGCCAUUGACAAUGUCGAGGCUGAAAUGACCGAGGAGGCCCUGCUCAAGGUCUUGAACUUGAAGCCAAACUCGCCCUCCACAUCCGACGAACACGUCACAAGCGAUGCACGCAAGCAGGGGGGGCAGGUCGAGAAACACCCCUACCUUAGCUUGGGCGAGUCGGAGAAAAAUUUGAGAUUGUACAUUGAGGACGAUCCCACUCUUUGGGAGAUGCACGACGAGUUCAUUGACUCUGGCAUGAGUGGCCCCAAUGGUUUCUAUUGGGACUUCUUCCUGCCUUUGACACCCGAGGCAGAACAGGAGGAUUUCCUAGACGGCAAGAGCUGGUCGAACGUGUUUGCGUACAUGGACCAAGACGACGAGGAAGAGGUAGAGGGGAAGGCGACGCCAGUCAAUCUCGAUAAUGACGAAGUCGAACCCGACGGUGGCGAUACAACCGGCAACGCUCAUCCGGUGGCCAGAACUGCUCAGACAAAGAGGACCUUCACCUCGAGCGAAUUGCGGAAGUCGCAUGUACUAUCCGCGCGCGGAGUUUCGUCACUGCUAUACUCGCACACUCAGCCUCCUAGGGCAGAGGAUCUCUGGAUCCCUAGUUUUAGUUUGGGCUCGUUAUUCGACCAAAUCGACGCGCGCGACGAGGCCGAAUGGCUUUCUAGCGACUGA